AUGUACAUCACCCUCUACUACAUAGUCACCCCGCUCCCUGACUCCCUUCGCUCGGUAACGGACCACUUCCUCUCUCUUUACCCCACCACACUCAUCGUUGACCUCCUCGAGGAGCGCCUCCUGGCAGUAGAGAAGAGUGUAGUUGCUGUAGGAGCCUCUCGUGCGGGAGACGCCGCACCGGCAAGGGCAAGGGGGGCAAGGGCGCUGGAGGAGUUGGCGAGGGCGGUGGAGGUGGCGAUGGAGGCGGUGGAGGGGGUGGGGGUGGUGGUGGGAGUGGUGGCGGGGGUGGAGGCGUCGGUGGCAGCGGUGGGGGCGGAGGAGGCGGCGGCGGUGGCGGUGGGAGCGGAUGAGGCGGAGGUGGCGAAGGCGGCGGAGGUGGCGGCGGCAGCGGUGGAGCUGGUCGCGGCUCUGCGUAGAGGGGUAGCUCCGGUGGUGGUCAGCGCCAGCAGCAGCAGCGCACUCGUGACUGGUACGCUGGGCAUCAGCGGGGUGGGGGUGCUGGUCCCUCUGUCUAGGGCGGGGUUUGCUAUCUUUGAUCUUGACUCUGAUGCUAUUCUUGCUGCCAUGUAUGCUUUGUCUACUAGUGAUGAGGGUGACUGUUACCUGUGUGUUCCGCUUGACCCGUGCAUUGGUGAGGCUGCUGCUCUAGGAGCUGGUGAGGCUGCUGCUCUAGGUGCUAGUGAGUCUGCUGCCCCAGGUGCUGGUGGCUCUGCUCUCUCAGGUACCACGUCGGCUCAGGCCUCCCACACCUUCACCCUUAACUAG